AUGUUGCAUCCUGAAUUUCUUGUGGGUUCCGGUCCCUUCAGGGACUCUUGGCUCUCAACCAUGGCCAGCCGCUUCUCUCGCGCCCUGGGCGUGCUGCGCCGCGCACAGCGAUCCCAUGGAUCCCAUGGUGCCAUCGUCCCGUUGGGGGCGAGGCCACAUGGACCACAUCUGAACGCCUUGGCGGCUGCGGGCAUUGUGCUCGGCAGCAGCCUGGUGAGUUGCAAAGAGAAGAAGGCGACCAAGGCGACCAAGGUGGAAGUCAAGGAGGAGAAGAAGGAAAAGAAGCAGCUGGCACCAGGCUACAAGCCUGGUGAGCCUGAAAUCAAGUUCGCUGAUGUCAAGAAGCACAACUCGAUCGACAAGGGCAUUUGGGUGACCUACAGGGAUGGCGUUUACGACAUCACAAAAUUUGUGCAAAACCAUCCUGGGGGACUGGAACGGAUUCUGAAAGCAGCUGGAGGUCAGAUCGACCCUUUUUGGGCGAUGUAUGCGCAGCACAACGUCGCCAGCGUGAAGGACAUCCUGGGAGAGCAUCGCAUCGGACAUUUAAGUGAGGUUGAGUACAAGAACUUACCUCCGCCCUUUGAUCCGUACCAAAUGGACCCCAAACGAGAUCCGGAGCUGCUGGUCCAAGCAGCAAAGCCUUUUAAUGCGGAGUGCCCCUUGUCUCAGCUGGCGAAGCAAGAGUAUUUAACGCCCAACGAGAAAUUCUUCGUCCGAAACCACCUGCCUGUACCAACAGGCGACAUUGUCGAUCCAAAGAAGUACGUCUUGGAGAUCAUUCCAGGAGAAGAUCAAGAACCAGUGAAGUUGACCUUGGCCGACCUCCAGGACGAGAAGCGCUUCAAGCGGAAGAAGGUCUCCGCCAUCGUGCAGUGCUCCGGCAACCGCCGUGAGGAUCAGAACUCUGUGGCACAAGUGGAGGGCUUGACCUGGUACACCGGGGCCAUCUCCAAUGCGGAGUGGGAAGGCGUUGCGUUGAAAGAUGUCUUGGACUAUGUUGGAGUCCCCAGAGACCUGGGCAUCAACAGCGAGUUGGAAGGUGAAGAUGAGCAGUUGCACUUGCAGAUGGAAGGCUUAGACCGUCCCAAAGUGGGCGAAUGGCGUGAUACCAAAGGCUUCUAUGGUGCCAGCAUUCCUUUGGCUUGGGCUCAGGAUCCACGUCGUGAUGUCAUCCUGACGUUCAAGAUGAACGGUGAGCCGCUGCCAGCGGACCACGGAGCUCCAGUGAGGUGCUUGGUGCCUGGCGUGGCGGGCGCAAGGAGCGUCAAGUGGCUCAACAAGCUGAUUGUGGCGAGCGAGGAAUCGCAGUCCCAUUGGCAGCAGAACGACUACAAAGCCUUCAACAAUUCCACCACGUGGGAGACAGCAGAUUUUUCCUCCCUCCCAGCGAUUCAGGAUAUGCCGGUGAACUCCGCCAUCAGUUGGCCGUCGCCCAAAAGCCUGGUGCAAUUGACACCUGACGGAUGUGUGGAGAUGAAGGGCUGGGCGUGGAGUGGUGGCGGUCGCGGCAUCGCCCGUGUGGACGUCUCGGCGGAUGGGCACACCUGGACGGAGGCCGAGCUGAAGCGACCGGAGGGACAGUCGUUAACACGAACCUGGGCUUGGACCUUGUGGACAGCCAAAUUGCCUGUGCCAGCGGAUUUGCAAAAACCCGGGAAGGCGCUCAACCUCAUUGUGAAAGCUGUGGAUGCUCAGUACAACGUGCAGCCUGAAUCCAUCGAGUCUGUUUGGAAUAUCCGCGGGGUCCUAUGCAAUGGCUGGCACCGGAUUCAAGUGACCAUCCAGCCCAAGCGUCUGCCCAAAACUCGCCUCGAGUUUGGCUAUGCCGAGUGAAGCCCCACGAUUCGUGAGCCCAAGGGAGGCAUUGCUGCUGAAAGAAAGCUGGGUAGUUCUAAAGGUUUUUCAGUAGAUGGCUACAUUAACU